AUGAUCUCCACUGCCUACAUACCUCGCUCCUGUGAGGAAGGACAAGGAUGCCGGAGCGGCUGGGUACUUCUUCAGAACCGCCUCUUUAUGGAGUCGCACCUCUCUGCUCCAGGUGCUGUGGCAGGGAGGUGGACACGAGCUGUAGUGGCCCUGCUCCAUCACUGGUUGGUGCCACAGUGCGCCCCGCCCCCAAGCAAGUGA